ACUUUUACCGAGAAAACAAUAGCAAAUUGCUUGGAAUUUAGAUUGAUUAGAACUUAAUUAGAAUUUUAAAUUUAAUAAUUGUUUUUAUUAUUAUAGAGAUAAAAAUAAUUUAAUUGAACCUCAACUUUAUAAUACAUUUUUCUUUGCAAUUCUAUCCGACAACUAUUCAGGAAUCAGUGAGCUUAACUGCACGGCACACAACUGAAAUUACUAUUAGGCUGAAGCGAUGGCAUCGUCACCGCCACCACCGCCAACCCCAACGUCGCCUCCUUCUGCCUCAAAUUCCGAGAACUCAGCUACUCGCUCCCCUCCAUCUAUGCCGCCUAAGGUCGACGAUGGCGAUCCCAAGAGUAGUGCUCCCCAAGUGCUUGAUGAAAUGCCACACUUGACCCAUUUUCAGAUUCUUGACAGUGAAGAAAACAUGGACAAGUACAAAAAAUAUGAAGCUGACUACACACGCCGGUUGAUGGCUAAAUACUUCUCUAAGCAGAAUCUUUAUGGAGGAAACAUAUUUGAUGAGAAAAUGACAAUUGAUGACGAGAUUAUACUAUCAAGCAAGUGGCCUUGUACACGAUCAUUCGCAGACCCAAUGAAUGGUUUUGAGGAACAGAGCAAUGUUGGUUCAACAUCAGAAACCUGAUUAGAUCUCAAAUGGGAAAGUACCCACCAAGGAAUGACUGAUGCAACAGUUGCUUCCUCUCAACUGUGAUGUCGUAUAUAACCUGAUGUUGAUGAUGUAGACAAAGAUGUAGAAGAAAUGACCAAACCUUAUUUCUAAAUUUCAGUUUGUAUUCUAGAAAUUGCAAUUAUCAAAUAUGUUAGCAAGCUUAGUUAUUCA